AUGUCGGUGGAUCGAAACUUCCUGAGUAAAGGUUGGCCCAAGAGGGGAGAGCAAUGGCUGACAGAUGUUCAGAGAUCGCUGGUGAAGUCUUCGACAAGGAUUCAAGAUACAUGCAUGCACCUGAUUGCAAGCGAGUACGAAGGCUUGAUGGACCUCGACGGUGGGCAAAGCGGAUGGACGAAUAUGCCUGCGGCGGUUUCAAGCGGAAGGAAUGCUCAAACAUCUCUGAUCCAGGCGUUCGCGGUUGCCACCGGUCUGGUUCACUUAGCGGAACCUAUGGAAGGAGAAACUAUGUCCUCCAGCCCUGCCCGUGCUGUGAGCACAUCCAUGAAGAAGAAACAGGACGCGAAGUUCGCUCAAACUGUCAAGGACCUUACUUCACAGCAUCUCCUCUUAGCUUCCUUCCGCCCCCCAAAGCCAGUCAUCCCCGCUGAACGCACGACCAAGGAGAGCGAAGGAGGAACGAGCCAGCAGCUUGUGGAAAUUCUCUCACGGAAGUCGGCCCGUGAGAUGGAAGCUUUCCAAGCGGUGCACGCAGCCAACAUGGCAGAGAACAAAUUGAGAGAAGCCCUGCAACCAAAGUGA